UUCAGUCAUAUGUUUACAAAUUGUUGAGUUAUUUGAGAUUCAAUUGAAAUUACAAUUUAAUUAUCACUCAUUUGGUGACCAACUCUUGAGAUGGCAAUCGGCGAACCCAUAGCCGACGCGAAGACCAACACAACGGCCACAACGACCUCAACGCCGACCCCGAAGACUGGCCUUCAGUUCCCAAUCACUCGUUACGCGAAUCUGAUUGUUAUGCCAAUCAAUGAUCAGAUCAUUGAAUUGCAAACCAUUAUUAGAGACAAGACCACAACAAGGAGUGACUUUGUUUUCUACGCCGACCGACUCAUCCGUCUUGUGGUGGAGGAAGGCUUGAAUCAGUUGCCAUCGAAAGACAUGGACGUGCGGACACCGACCGACGCCAUAUACCACGGCCUCCAGUACUUGAAACGGUCCGUCUGUGGCGUUAGUAUUGUCCGCAGCGGCGAAGCCAUGGAGAAGGGUCUGCGAGACUGCUGUCAGUCGAUCAGAAUCGGCAAAAUACUGGUCCAAUCGGAUGAAGUGACACACGAGGCGCGGGUGGUGUACGCAAAGUUCCCCGAAGACAUACAGGAGCGCAAAGUGCUGCUCAUGUAUCCCAUUAUGAGCACCGGAAACACUGUGGUUAAGGCCGUCAAAGUGCUUAUGGAUCACGGCGUCAGACCUACGAGUAUUAUAUUGUUGAACCUGUUUUGUACACCAAAUGCGGUCGCAUCGGUGGCCAAGACGUUCCCAUUGAUGACUAUAUUGACCUCUGAAGUGAAUCCCGUGGCACCUAAUCAUUUUGGACAGAAGUACUUCGGAACCGAUUAAAUGUUAUCCAAGGCGUGGACUUAAGAGUUUUUUGUUACAAUUAUAAUUAUAAAUGAUUUUAGUUUUACGUUUGCUAACAAGUAUUGACACAUUUUACA